AUGCAACUCAAGAGAGCGGCGCGAGUAAUUCUAGUUGGUGCGCCGGGCGUGGGCAAGGGAACCCAGAGCGAUAGGCUGUUGAAGCGCUUCCCCCAACUCAAGGCCAUCAGCACCGGCGACCUCCUCCGUCACAAUGUCAAGAACAGGACACCUCUUGGCAUAAUGGCUGAAAAUACCAUCAAGGCAGGAGGCCUGGUGGCCGACGAUCUGAUGCUUCGUCUCAUCUCAGGAGAGCUUCGAUCCCGAGGCUGGCUGCGACCUCCCGUCAUGACGCUCUCAGCUGAAGCAACCUCAACCGAGGGCUCCUUUCACUCCAGUGCCUCCAUGGAUGCUUUCAACUCACUGCCUUUCCAACUCGACGACCACGCCGUUCCCCAGGCUUCAGAGGAUCCUUCUGCUUCUUUCAUGCUGGACGGCUACCCCCGGACUGUCUCCCAGGCCAUCACCCUCGACAAGAUUGUGCCCAUGAACUUGGUCGUCUCCAUUCAGACUCCCUUUUCUGUUAUCCUCGAGCGCAUCGCCGGCCGAUGGGUGCACGAGCCCUCCGGCCGCGUGUACAACACAAGCUUCAACCGGCCUCGCGUCCCCGGCCGCGACGACGUCACCGGCGAGCCCCUCGUCCAGCGCCCGGACGACAACGAGGAGACGUACCGUGCGCGCUUCCAAAAAUUCCAGGAGAACAGCGAGCCCAUCCUCAACCACUAUGCCAAGAAGGGUGUCUUGCUCGAAGUCGAAGGCAUGAGCAGCGAUGAGAUCACCCCUAAGCUGUACAAGGCCUUUGAGAAGCGUUUUGCUUAG